GGCGCUCGGCCGAUUUUCAACCCCAAAAUCGGGUCCUGUAUCGUACAGUGGCCGCCUGUAGGACGGACGAAGGGAGGCGUUAAAGCAGUAGGAUCUAUGCGCCUGUGGGGUACAUCGAACGACCUCAACACUCUUCACCGACUAGUCUACGUCAUAUAUCUCCUGCUCGCAGCAUGUCAGCCAUGCAGUGUUCAACUCACGGACAGCGCCGGCACCGGACACGAUAUUUCCACCACUCUCGCGUACCUAGGUAUCUCAAGAACGAGAUGCUGCACCUCUACCAGCAACCCCAGUCGCGGAGCCUCUCGGAAUAUUUCCGAGAGUUCGCCGCGCGUGCACGACAGUGACGAUCAGUGGGACUACGGUUGCGCGUGGACUUGUCAUUCAGAUCCUAGGUCAACCCGGGACCAAGUCGCUCAACCAACAUUUCCAUAUCCAUCAGCUUCCGCACGUUUAAUAGCAAUCGCUUGCGGGAAUAGGACUUGGGUGAGUGGGCGAAGGUCCUCGCCACAGCAUUGAGCCCUAGCCGCCCAAAGCGACUUUCCGCACCAUGUCGCAUCCUCUCUGUGCGACUGGACUGUGUCAUAAAUGCCGCGCUUUCGAAGUGACGGCUACUGACUUUAGACUUACGGAAAA